AUGAAUGCUGGGGCCAUCCGCACCCGCAUUCUGAUUUCCAGUCCCUUCUUCCGAGCCCUCCCACGACGACUUGUUUCGCGGCAGACCCAUUCACAUGCCUGCGCCCGCCCCGGUGUCAAUGCCUUCACCUUUGGCCGCAUCUCGACAACUCCCGACGCCAUGUUAGGCAGGGCACGAGACAGAGCUCAGGCCUCGGGCCCGCGCUCUGCCGCACCAUCGUCCUCCGUCAAGCCCGAACUCGCCAAGCAGCUGUUCCCCUCGAGCAGCCCACACACGCACGACGGCAACAUUGCUAGCUGGGCCUCUUCGUCUCAGAAACCCCGACCGACCGUUGGCGCCAAUGCCAGUGCCAGGCCGCCAUCAUUCAAACCCGCCGCUCAUGAUCCUCUGGUGUCUAGGUCCAACAACUCGCAGUCGCGGGCCAACAGCCUCGCCUCUAUCUGCAGCAACGCUGGUUCCUUCCAGGAAGAACUGGGAACGAGCAGCAGACCGUCGCAGCCAUAUCCCCCCUCAUCGGUCUACAUUGCCGAUGACGACUUCAGCGAUGACAACACCCUCGAGUUGGACUACGAAUGCCCAGCCUCGCUACCCCCUCCACCUCCGCCUCCAGCACCCAAACCCGCAGCCACGCUGACGUCCGCACCAACUACCAGUCAGAUCCCAUGGUCUUCGUCCCCACAAGGUCAUAUGUUCCCGCCCGCGCUUCCUCGUAAGAACAUUCUCAAGCGCUUCUUGCCUGAAGAGGCACCGCCUCCCGGCCCCCCUGCCGCGAAGAAGAGGAGCCUGCCCAGGCGGUGGGCACAGCGGGAUACUGACGCUCUCGGCGAUGAUGACGUCCAGGAGAUAUGGGCCACGCAGGCCCCCAAGCCGUUGGCCACCCCGGCACCCAAGAAGCAGACCGCACUGCCGUGGGACACCACCCAAAGUGCUACCAAGGAGCGGCGCAAACAACUCAAGAAUCAGAGCAAGAAGUCUGGCGUAGAGCCUGGCUUCUCCACGGAAGAGAUGCGGGAAGUCACAGACGAACAUGUCCUACAGAAAACUAAAGCCUCAGCGAUUUCUCUCAGCUCCGAGCAGCAACACGUCAUAGACCUCGUCGUCCGCCAGAAGCAAAGUGUCUUCUUCACCGGUCCCGCAGGGACAGGCAAGUCGGUCUUGAUGCGGGCCAUCAUCGCAGAGCUCAAGAAGAAGUGGGCUCGCGAUCCAGAGCGACUAAGCGUGACCGCUUCUACCGGUCUCGCCGCCUGCAACAUUGGGGGCCAGACUCUGCACAGCUUUUCUGGCAUCGGUCUGGGCAAGGAGGAUGUGCCGACGCUGGUGAAGAAGAUCCGAAAAAAUGCAAAGGCAAAAAAUAGAUGGCUGCGGACAAACACCCUCGUCAUUGACGAAGUGUCCAUGGUCGACGGCGAUCUCUUCGACAAACUCUCGCAGAUAGCCCGCACCAUCCGGAACAACGGGCGGCCGUUCGGCGGCAUCCAACUGGUAAUCACGGGCGACUUCUUCCAAUUGCCGCCCGUGCCCGACGGGGGAAAGAAAGAAGCCAAGUUCGCAUUCGAUGCAGCGACCUGGAACACCUCCAUCGACCAUACCAUUGGACUAACCCAAGUCUUCCGCCAAAAGGAUCCUCAUUUCGCCGGCAUUUUGAAUGAGAUGCGCCUCGGCAGGAUUAGCGAUGACACAGUCCAGACGUUCAAGGACCUAUCUAGGCCACUCGGCUUCGACGAUGGCCUCAGUUAUACCGAACUAUUCCCAACUCGCCAAGAGGUUGAGCGUUCGAAUGAGUCCAGACUACGCAGUCUCGACGGCCCACUAGUUCAUUACGAAGCGCAUGACUCUGGAGACCCGAGCUUGCGGGACCGGCUCCUGGCCAACAUGAUGGCGCCCAAAGGCCUUGCGCUGAAGAAGGGCGCCCAGGUCAUGCUAAUCAAGAACAUGGACGAGACACUUGUGAACGGCUCGCUCGGCAAGGUAAUUGGGUUCAUGAACGAAAUGACAUUUGAGCUCUGGAGCACGAAUGGGGCUGGCGAGGGAUUGGACUCGGGAGAUGAAGGCGAGGCGGAUGCGGGUUCCAAGAAGAAGAUCAAGGCAUUCAGCCGGGACACGGACGGCUCGAAGGACAUGAAGGAAUACCCAAUCGUCCGGUUUACCUCAACGGACGGGUCGCACCGCGUCCUCCUCUGCAUUCCGGAGGACUGGAAGGUGGAACUGCCGACGGGCGAGGUGCAGGCAUCUCGCAAGCAGCUGCCCCUCAUCCUGGCUUGGGCGCUCUCGAUCCACAAGGCGCAGGGGCAGACUCUGGAAAGGGUCAAGGUCGAUCUAGGGAAGGUGUUUGAAAAGGGGCAGGCGUAUGUGGCACUAAGUCGUGCGGUGAGCAAGCAAGGCCUCCAGGUGCUGAGGUUUGAGAAGAGCAAAGUCAUGGCCCACCCUCGGGUGAUACAGUUCUACAACAAGCUGUACAGCGCAGAGUCAGCGGUCAAGACGAAGAAGUCUCCAUCAAUGGCGGACUUUGCGUACAAGGGAACGUCGACCAAGGCAUCGAAAACCACUGGCUAUUCGUCGACAUCGAGAAGCACGGGCAGGAGGAACGUGGAUGUGAUCGACCUAGAUGAGGAAGAGGCGGCGAUGGCAGCGUAUGGUUAA